AUGGAAGAAUAAUAACGAUAAAAUUAUAGCGAUUUAGUAAAUUAAGAAAUACAAUAAAAUAAACCCAUAAAAUGGGAUGCAGAUAACAUGCCUCAGACUAAGGUAGGUAUAAUGAAAAAGGAAGCAUUAUAUAUCUUUUGGUUUGAAUUCAUUGGAACUUUCAUGUUGACUUUCAGUAUUUAUGCUAGCAAGUAUAUAUGUCUUUCUAAUAAGCUAAGUAAUAACCCCUUUGUUUUUGCUUGUGCCUAUGGAAUGUUAAUUUUGGUUGCUUAAAAUUAAAAAUGUACAUUCAAUCCUGCAAUCACAACAGUGUUAUCAGGACAAGAUAACGGAUUAUGGGUGUCAGUGGCAAUUAGUAGUUAAUUUGGAGGAGCAUUUUUGGCAAGUUUGUUUGGAUUUCUCUGUUUUAAGAAUUAUUUGAAUGAUGUUCCAUAUUUAGCGUAAACAAAUAUUGAGGCUUAUUUUGCAGUGAUCUUUGGGGAAAUAUUCGGGUCUUUAAUUCUUUGUGCAGGAUUCAUAUUUUAAUAUGAUGAUUUAAUGGGUUUAUCAUCAGAUAGAUUAGAACAUAGCAUAAUAAUCAGUGCUUUAUACUGUGUUGGCAGAACACUUAGUUAUGUAGCUAAGAGUAGUUUGAAUCCCAGCUAUCGCAUUCGGGUAAGUGAUAUUUUGUAGAUGACUAGUUUAGUGUUAUUUGAAUGUUGUAAGGAUGGACACUGGGUAAGGUUUUGGAACUUAUGGAUUUACUCGGUUUUGCCUUUCUUUGGGGCAUUCUUCUCUUUAGCACUCAUUAGGGCAAUUUACAGAGACUGCUAUGAAUAAUAAUUAUAAGCUGGUUUAAGACAAUGA